AACGUUAGGAGUUGCCUAUCCAUGGCUCAGUCCAGUCUAUACGUAUCAGCCGUACAGUGCAUUAGAAGCAUUCGCAAUGAGCGACCAAAGCAAUAGUAUGUACGAUGUGAUCAAUUUUGGAGCAGGACCGGCCAAACUUCCGCAACAGGUAUUAAAAGAUGUACAAAAGGAAUUGCUUGCGUACGGUAAUACGCAAAUGAGCAUUUUAGAGCUGAGUCAUAGAUCGAACGAGAUUAAAAAUGUUAUUGAUAAUGCUCAAGCCACGUUAAGGGAUUUAUUGAAUAUUCCAGAUAAUUAUAAAAUCUUAUUUAUGCAAGGAGGAGGGGCAGGGUUAUUUGCAGCCAUUCCUUUAAAUAUGAUGACAAACCGCAAAGCAGAUUAUAUACUAACUGGCUUGUGGUCGGCCAAAGCAGCGGCGGAAGCAGCAAAGUAUGGUACCGCGAGAUUAAUUAUGUACGAGAACUAUACCAAAAUCCCUGAUCCGUCUACUUGGAAUUUAGACCCACAAGCAUCCUACGUUUAUUACUGUGCUAACGAGACAAUUAAUGGAGUCGAAUUCAAUUACAUUCCCGAGACGAAAGGAGUGCCACUCGUUGCCGAUAUGUCGUCGAACAUUCUCACAAGAUCCUUAGAUAUCUCGAAAUUUGCAGUAAUUUUUGCUGGCGCCCAGAAAAACAUUGGUCCAGCCGGCGUGACGCUCGUGAUAGUGCGAGACGAUGUUCUUGGCCACCCUAGUGAUCACUGUCCAUCGGUGUUCAAUUUUACUCUCAUGGCAGCCAAUAACUCCUUGUAUAAUACACCGCCAGUCUUUCAGAUAUACACGGUCGGGUUAGUUUUGAAAUGGGUUAAGGAACACAAUGGCGUCGAAGCGAUGGAAAAAUUGGCGAUUGAGAAAAGUCGGAAACUGUAUGACGUGAUCGAUCAGUCGGAAGAUUUCUAUUCGUGCCCCAUCGAUGUAGACGCAAGGAGUCGAGUCAAUGUGGUGUUUAAAAUACUCGAAGAUAAUAAAUCGGCCGAGCAAUAUUUCUUGUCCGGCGCGAAAGCGCGUGGUAUGAUGCAGUUGGGAGGUCACAGGUUUGUAGGUGGACUUCGAGCGUCUUUGUAUAAUGCUAUUACUCUGGAAGAGACACAGAAACUGGUAGACUAUAUGCAAUGGUUCCGCCAGGAAUAUUUGAAGGAACAUAAAUAGAAUUAUAAUGUAACAUAUUAAAAAUAUUGCACCAGAGAAAAACUAAUAUCACGUAAUACCAUAUCACGCGCAUUUUCUUUAAACAUAUUUUUAUUAUUUUUGUCAAUAUUUUAAAUCGUUCUCGAAUUUAUUGAAUUAUGUUAAUAUUAAAUUGUAUGUGUAUAUAUUAAAUUA